AUGCCGAUCCGCGUCAAGUCGCGACCUGGACAGGGUUCAGAACCACUGCGAACCCCUUCUCCCACCGGUUUCCAUCGCCAAAACCGUCGGACUGCUGAACUCCCCGACAUCCAGGACGACGACUGCUUCCGAGUGCUGGUCAAGAAACUAUCCGUCUACAUUGCUAGUGUCAUUCAGCUGCCUUUGACUUUUGAGCAGCUCAGGACUACCGGCGCCGGCGACGGCCUGCCGAAAUUGGUUGACCACCUGGGCUGCAAUUGCACUCACCCGGCCAUUGUAAACGCUUUGCUCGCGCUAAAAUGGCAUUACGGUGCCAUCACAGAAGACAAGGGGCUGCACGAGGCCCGGGCUAAUGCUUGCGAAAUCGUGGCCUGGCGCUUCCUCACGCAUCUGUCAGAGAGGGAGGCUGUAGACUAUUGUCUCUACGAGAUCCCUGACCCCAAAGAUGUAGAAACAAGCCCCACGGACGAGGAGUCCGCUGUUGAUGAGCACAGCGCUCUCCUGGGCCAGGCCCUACGUGACACCGCAAACACAGCCCGCCAGGCCUUCGGCUUGUCAGGGACCAACAAACGCAAUAUGCUUCUGCAGUCUAUCUCGCGCCUGACUAUGAGCAUGACAGCCGACAUGGACGAUGACGAGGAGGAGGAUGACCCUACGGCGCACUUCACCAACCUCAAUGCCCUCGAGAUCGCCGCCAUUGCCGACGCCAAACGCUUCCUCAGCCAGGGCAUCGUUCAGAAGAUCAUCACUGGGAUAUGGAAUGGCGACAUCAUCUUUUGGGAUUCUCUUUCCGUGCACUCGGUCAAGAAGCCGCGCUUCUAUAAGCCCACCACCGCUGAUCCUUUCUCGCGUCUCCGCGUCCCUAAGUAUCUCAAAUCCUUCGAGGUUCUCUUCUUCGCCAGCUUUCUGUUUCUCUAUUACGCCGUGCUGAUGGAGCGGGAUCCUACGCGCUUUACUACGCUCGAGGUCUUUUUGUGUCUUUGGCUUGCUGCAUUUGCUUACGAUGAGCUGAGCGAAUGGAUAGAUGCCGGGUCGAUCUUCUAUGCCGCUGAUGUUUGGAACAUUUUUGACAUGUUCAUGAUAGGAAUCGGUUUCACGUAUUUUGCCAUGCUAGGGGUCGUUGGAUUGGGAACUAACAACGCUCGCCUCGUUGACCUCGCCUUUGACGUUCUGGCUCUCGAGGCACUCUUCAUGGUGCCCCGUGUGUUUUCCAUCCUUAGCCUAAGCCCAUACUGGGGGGAGAUGGGCAAAGACUUCCUCAAGUUUAUGGUGCUUGUCGUCGUCAUCUACCUCGGGUUUCUCACCACCUUUUCCCUCGUGGCCCGCGAUGCCUACUCACUCAACGACAUGGCCGGCUCCUUGACGCGUAUCUUUUUCGGCUCAAGUGGUGUAGGCUUUGACAUCAUGCACAACAUCGACUCCAUCUUCGGACUCUCUUUGAUGAUUGUUUUCGUCAUGCUCAGCUCCAUCCUCCUGACAGGUUCUCUGACUCGGUAUGCUCUCCAACUCGUUCUCACGCGUCAUCACCCACGCUUCGCGAGGAAUAUCUCUACGUCUACAGGGGUCUACGUCUUGGAGGCUUCUACCUCCAACCGCUUGACCCAUUUUUACCCACCCUUCAACCUCCUCGCCCUUGUUAUCUUCCGCCCGCUGCGUCUGUUCCUCCCCUCGGACAACAAAUUCCGCAAGGCCCGUAUCCUACUUCUGAAAGCAACACACCUGCCCAUCGUCGCUACGAUCGAAUUCUACGAGUGGCUGCACGGCACCGCCGCCAAGGGGACGCAAUACACCGGCUUCCGCGGCCCGCGUCACGCCACCAUCGCCAGCCCUAAUCCUUUUUCGGAGACUACAACACCAGCACCAACAUCAGCAGCACCUCCAUGCCCAAUCGCUGCCACGGAGACCGCACGGUGGGGGCGGAGGCGGGGGGGCGUUGUGUUCUUUUCGUAG